UUCUUAUUUUUUUUCAGAAUAAAUGCAAUUUAGCUUGUUGAGUCGACCAGGAUUUCGAGUAUAAGAAAAAUAAAUAAAUCAAAAUGUCGUGGAAGUUCAAAGCUUCUAAGUACAAAAACACUGUUCCAGUGGAACCUAAAUUCGAUAAACAUAUACGAGAACUUUCAAUAGGUUCAUAUCAUUCUUGUGGAAACUUUAUAGCCGCUAGUUCUUCAUUUGUAGCUUUCAACUGGGACACCAUCGGUUCAUCUCUUGCUGUGCUUCCUCUCACUGCUUCCGGUCGACCUGACAAGGCCUCAAUACCUCGUGUCGACGGUCACAGUGAUAUGGUCACGGAUUUUGCCUUCUCGCCGUUCGACGACGGUCUGCUAGUCACCGGGUCUCAGGAUCAAAAUAUCAAACUUUGGCGGAUUCCGGAGAAGGGUCUGGUAACCAGUCUCUCUACUCCGGAGAUGGCGCUCCCUGAGCAGCCGAGAAAGGUGGAGACGGUUGGAUUUAAUCCUGCUGUUCAUGGUAUUCUAGCCUCGAGCUGUGGGACCAGUGCAUCGGUUUGGGACUUCUCCGUAGGAUCUCAGAUAUUUGAGUUCGGAGAACACGAAGAUAAGGUUCAAUGCUGCUCCUGGCAGCAGUCCGGGGGUCUGCUGGCAACCCAGAGCAAGGAUCGAUAUCUUCGUAUCCUGGAUCCUCGUUCCUCCAACCCCCUCGUCUCCUCCACCUCUAGCCACGAUGGUAUGAAGGACAGCAAGGUUGUCUGGAUCGGUGAGGAUCGCGUUCUAACCUCCGGGUUCGGAGAGGACAGGGCCCGUGAGCUCAUCCUUCGAGAUACAAGGAACCUCUCCACCCCGCAGUUUGUCCUGUCCUUGGACGUGUCCUCCGGUAUCCUGAUUCCCUUGUUCGACCCCGACACUAACAUGGUCUUCCUUACUGGGAAGGGUGAUCGAUAUAUUCAGUUUGUUGAGGUGCAGAACUCCGAGCCCUGGUUUGUUCAAGGGUUGAGGUAUACAGGGGAGCAGAUCAAGGGCGGAUGCCUGGUUCCUAAACGUGCCGUGGACGUGAUGCAGUGUGAGGUCAAUAGAGUCAUGAUGCUGGGGAACAGUUCUAUUGUUCCCAUCAUGUGGCAGGUUCCAAGAAAAAGUUACAGGUAAAAAAUAAAUUAUUAAUUCACU